AUGCCGGGGCCGCCCCCACGCGCAUGAUCACCGUAGAUCAAGUCACACAGAAGCUCUGUAAGCUCUUUAGGCAUGUCAGAAGAUGAUUGGAGCAUGGCCCUGGAGCUGGAGGCUCCUCCCAUCUACUACAACAAGGCUGACUACAUUCAAACUGCCUCUGGCAACAAGGUAAGUCGAAAUUCAGUGUUGUGCGGCUCGCAGAAUAUCACCUUGGUUGGCAACUCGGUGAUCAUGCCAGGCACGGUGCUGCGAGGCGAUUUGCAGCUACUGAAAAUCGGCAGACACGUAAUCGUUGGCGAGAAUUGCGUCCUAAGACCAUCGUACAAGAAGUACAAGGGGAACAUCGCUUUCUUCCCAAUGACCAUUGGCGACUACGUGACAGUGGGUGCCAAGAGCGUGGUUUGUGCCGCACACAUAGGUUCUUGCGUCAAUAUCGGAGAGAAUUGUAUCAUUUCCAAGCGCUGUAUCUUGAAGGACAACUCAAUGGUGUUACCUGAUACUAUUCUUCCACCCGACACCAUUGUACCGCCCCUGACGGUCUUCGGCGGAAAUCCCGGUGUGUAUCUUGGAGAUCUACCUGAGUCCCAGCAGCUGGUGCAAAAACAGCAUGCGAUCACUGAGUACAAACGGUUCCUGCCAAACCUAAAGAGCGCAGCGGCAUCGCCAAAGGGCAAAGCCAAAGCUGCUUCCCCUUGACCGCCGUAAAAGUUG